AUGUACGUUCUCAAGAGAGAUGGACGCAAGGAGCGUGUGCAGUUCGACAAGAUCACUGCUCGAGUCUCAAGGCUGUGUUACGGCCUCGACUCGGAGCAUGUCGACCCCUUGGCAAUCACCAUGAAGGUCAUCAACGGAGUGUACCAGGGUGUGACAACAAUCCAACUCGAUGACUUGGCUGCUGAGACUGCGGCAUACAUGACCGUCACUCACCCCGACUAUGCUAUUCUUGCCGCACGAAUCGCCGUAUCGAACUUGCACAAACAAACCAAGAAGCAAUUCUCGGCUGUCGUCCAGGAUCUCUACCAAUACAUCAACCCAAAGACCAAAAAGUCGGCACCAAUGAUCUCAGACUACACAUACGACGUGGUCAUGAAACACGCCGACGAGCUAAACUCGGCCAUUGUGUAUGACCGUGACUUUCAAUACCAAUACUUUGGUUUCAAGACGUUGGAGAGGUCAUACUUGCUCCGGAUCGAUGGCAAGGUCGCUGAGCGCCCGCAGCACAUGAUAAUGCGUGUUGCUGUUGGCAUCCAUGGAGAAGAUAUCGAGGCGGCCAUCGAGACUUACAACUACAUGUCCAACAAAUACUUCACACACGCCUCCCCAACGCUGUUCAGCGCUGGAACCCCUCAAGCUCAAUUGGCAUCUUGCUUCCUCAUUGACAUGAAAGAUGACAGCAUUGACGGCAUCUAUGAUACGCUCAAGACGUGCGCUAUGAUCUCCAAGAAUGCCGGUGGUAUUGGGCUCAAUGUUCACCGCAUUCGUGCUACUGGGGCAUACAUCGCCGGCACAAACGGGACGUCCAAUGGUCUUGUGCCUAUGCUUCGGGUUUUCAAUAACACCGCUCGCUACGUCGACCAGGGUGGCAACAAGCGCCCUGGCGCCUUUGCCAUCUACCUUGAGCCGUGGCACGCUGAUGUUAUUUCGUUCCUCGAUCUCCGCAAGAACCACGGCAAGGAGGAGGUGCGGGCACGCGACCUCUUCUACGCAUUAUGGAUCCCCGACCUCUUCAUGAAGCGUGUCGAGGCUAACGCAGAAUGGACUCUCAUGUGUCCUCACGAGUGCCCUGGCCUCGCUGACGUGUACGGCGAAGAGUUCGAGGAGCUGUAUGAGCGUUACGAGAAAGAGGGACGUGGACGCGAGACGGUGCGCGCCCAGAAGGUCUGGUACGCCAUUCUUGAGGCACAGACCGAGACUGGUAAUCCAUUCAUGCUGUACAAGGAUGCCUGCAACCGCAAGAGCAACCAGAAGAACCUCGGUGUUAUCAAGAGCUCCAACUUGUGCACUGAAAUCAUCGAGUACACCGCCCCGGAUGAAGUUGCCGUGUGCAACUUGGCUUCAUUGGCCCUGCCUUCCUACGUGGAUGUCGACGCCGAGAUCUUCGACUUCAAGAAGCUGCACGAGGUCACCAAAGUUGUCACCCGCAAUUUGAACAAGAUUAUCAACAUCAACCACUACCCUGUCCCUGAGGCAAAGAAGAGCAACUUCCGUCACCGCCCUAUCGGACUAGGCGUGAAUGGUCUCGCUGAUGCUUUCCUGGCUUUGCGUCUCCCGUUUGACUCGCCCGAAGCACGCGAGCUCAACAAGCAAAUCUUCGAGACAAUCUAUCACGCCGCCCUUGAAUCUUCGUGCGAGAUUGCGAAAGAGCUUGGGCCAUACGAAACAUACGAGGGUUGUCCCGUGUCGAAAGGCGAGCUUCAAUACGACAUGUGGGGUGUCACGCCCUCUGACCUGUGGGACUGGGACACACUCAAGGCCAAGAUUGCCCAGUAUGGUGUUCGGAACUCAUUGCUCGUGGCACCAAUGCCCACAGCCUCAACAUCGCAAAUCAUGGGCUUCAACGAGUGCUUCGAGCCAUACACUAGCAACAUCUACUCACGACGUGUUCUCGCUGGCGAAUUCCAAGUCGUCAACCCAUGGCUGCUGCGAGACCUUGUUGAGCGUGGUCUUUGGUCAGAUAACAUGAAGAAUCGUAUCAUCGCAGAUGGUGGCUCGAUCCAGCGCAUCCCAAACAUCUCUGACGACCUCAAGGCUCUUUACAAGACGGUGUGGGAGAUCAGCCAGAAGCACAUUGUGCAGAUGGCAGCUGACCGAGGUGCAUUCAUCGAUCAGUCGCAGAGCUUGAACAUUCACAUGAAGGAGCCCACAAUGGGUAAGAUCACGAGCAUGCACUUCACUGGUUGGAAGCUUGGACUCAAGACCGGCAUGUACUAUCUCCGCACCAUGGCCGCCUCUGCUCCUAUUCAAUUCACAGUGGACCAAGAGCAGCUUAAGGUUGCAGACACCAAUGUCGCCAGAGCUGUGGGCGCCAAGAAGCGCAGCGCUGGAGCAUACAGCUCUGUCAACUCCCCUAAGCCGUCGGUUGCAGUGCAGAACGCUUCCGAAACCACUGUCCCUGAAGAUCUCGUCACUCCGGCAGCAACAGCGCCACCGAAGCCUGAGCGCCAAGCUCGUAAGCUUGGUAGAACCGCGUCUGCUGUGGUCAACCCGCCAUUCAAGGCCGACCAAGAGGAGGGCGAAUCACCCGAGGUGCUCGCAGCUGACGGUACCACUGCUGUGCCCAGAGGCGACGCUCUUCCCGAGCCCGCCAUCAAAAAGGAAUCAAACCAGGAAGAAGACGCCGAGGAGUCUAGCAAGGACCGCGAGGGGGACAUCUAUGCCGAAGCAGCUCUCGCCUGCAGUAUCGAGAACCCAGAAUCGUGCAUCAUGUGCAGUGGUUGA